AGUAGUGAGGAUGGGAGUGUCCCAUUAAAUUAAAUUCCGAAAAAAGCAACAAACAGAUGGUGUUGGAGUUAAAACAGAAUGUGCAUGCCAUGAUGGACUACUUCUUUGUCUAUCUCCAUCGACUCCGACUCUCAGACUGACACACCUUCUUCUUAUAUCAUCCCUCCAACAGAAUCACACACCAUUUCUCACUUCCCUUACAACCUACCCACCAAACUCCUCCCACCCGCAUAUGUCAAUGGGACUCAACAAACCAUGUUUUCUCCUUACAGUGAUAGCUGGGAUGGAGAGAUUUGCAUUCAAAGGGGUGGCUUCCAAUUUGGUAACGUAUCUGACAGAUGUUAUGGGGAUGAGCAAUUCUUCAGCCGCGAAAUAUGUGAAUGGGUGGAUGGGAUUUACGUCGAUGCUGCCGCUCAUAGUGGCGACGCUCGCCGACUCUUACUGGGACAGAUACUCCACAAUUUUCGCCUCUUCUGUGCUUUACGCUGCGGGGCUUUUAGCUUUGACAUCAACUGCGGUGCGAUGGCCUUGGAUACCAACGAACAAAGUACAUUCAAUAUCAUCCCUAUCAUGGUCUCUCUAUAUGAUUUCGCUUGGGCAAGGGGGUUAUAACCCUUCCUUACAAGCCUUUGGGGCGGACCAACUUGAAAACGAAGAUGAAUUACCUCAUACUAAUAAUAACGACGAACAGAGCUCCAACAAGAAGAGUUUGUUUUUCCAACGGUGGUACUUUGGCGUGUGUUGUGGCAGCCUCCUUGGUGUCUCAGUUAUGUCUUAUAUUCAAGACACUGUAGGUUGGGGACUAGGAUUCGCUAUUCCAACCCUUUCGAUGAUAGUGUCGAUUCUAAUGUUCUUGUGUGGCAACCGGUUCUAUAUGCACAAGCAGAGUAAGGCUACUGAUGGAAAGUCUUUGGAAGAAAUUGUCCAGGCAAUCAAAGCAAGUGUGUCAAAGAUGAUCAACGGUGUGAAUGGUUUGUCGAACAAUGGAUACACUAAGGUUGAGUUAGAACUUCAGGAGAAACCACUUUGCAGUCAAGACAUAGAUCAUGAAUCGGGCUUUGGGGAGAGUCAAGAACAAUGUGUGCCUCCUCUUGAAGCUGCAAGGAUAGUAUUGCGCCUGUUGCCAGUUUGGAUUAUGCUUCUAAUGUUUGCGGUCAUCUUCCAACAGCCCGUAACGUUUUUCACCAAGCAAGGCAUGACAAUGAAGAGAAACAUAGGAAGCAAGUUCAAAAUCCCACCAGCUGCGCUGCAGAGUGCAAUUACAGUAUCCAUAAUCAUUCUGAUGCCCUGGUACGACAUGUUUUUCAUUCCCCUCAUACGUAAUAUCACACGCAACGAGAAGGGCAUCUCCGUGAUGCAGAGGAUGGGCAUCGGGAUGUUUCUAUCAGUCAUAGCUAUGAUCAUUGCGGCUAUUACAGAAAGGAGACGUCUUGAGAUCGGUAGAAACAUGAAAGUAUCGUCAGAAGACGUGCCGUUUAGCAUCUUUUGGUUGCUUCCGCAGUACAUAUUGUUGGGGAUUUCAGAUAUCUUCACUGUUGUAGGGAUGCAAGAAUUCUUCUACUCUGAAGUUCCUGUGAGAAUGAGAACAAUGGGAAUAGCUCUAUACACGAGUGUUUUUGGUGUGGGGAGUUUCUUGAGCGCAUUUCUUAUUUCUGUGAUUGAAUAUUUGACGAGUUCAAGAGGGAAACAGGAUAGCUGGUUCUCCGACGACAUGACUAAAGCUCGACUCGAUAAGUACUACUGGUUCUUGGCAUUGUCAAGCUCGAUAAGCUUGCUAGCUUUUGUGACUUUUUGUAGAUAUUUCAGAGAUAGAACAUGAGGAGUUGUCUAGGAGGGCAUUGCUCGAUGUAAAUAAUGUUUGUUCAGUUGACUUCUACCAAUGUUAAUGUACCAUAGCCGACUAAGAGAGUUUUAUGCUUGUAAACAUGCAUGCGGUUUGCUUGGGGUCCAAGUUGUGCAUGUUGACUGUCACCUAGAACAUCGGAAAUUUGGUGCUCUCCAUAUGAAUUACACGCACAUGAAUUGUGAUCC